ACUCUGCUGUCCUGCAGGAACUCAACAAUGGCAAAUGCGCAAGUGCCCUCAGCGGUGGUGGGUCCGUUAGGAGACGAUCCUGUGCAGAUCACCUGUCCCAAGUGCCGCCAGGCGGUCCUCACACAGGUGGACUACACCUCCGGGCUGCUCACCUACCUGUCCUGUGGAGGACUCCUCCUCUGCGGCUGUGUCUUUGGCUGCUGCCUCAUCCCGUUCUGUGUGGACCGUCUGAGAGACGCCCGGCACUCCUGUCCCUCCUGCAGGGCUGUACUGGGAACAUACAAACGCCUGUAGACCAUGUCGAAUGAUCAGGUAGUUCAUCAACAGGUGGAACAAAAGAGCCUUGACUGCUUUAGGAAGCAUGAUGUAUUUAUUUUUUAACUGUCAUCCAGAAGUAUUGCAGUCAGCCAGUGGGAGGAAAGUCACACCAACGCAGCAGGAAACGCCUCCUUCAAUCAUCAGUGGAACCUCCAACUGUUUAUAA